AUGAUUAUCCCUGUUCAACCUACGAAACCAUUCUCUAAAUUUUCUCCAGAUGAAACAUAUUCCGUUUCUUCACUUCAUGAAAAUCCUCGUGUAGGCAAUGGUCUUAUCUCACCAAGUAAAUCACUUUUUAUUGAAAUCUCAAAUUUUUCUCAUGAUUCUAUCGAGGUUCAUCCUCAACAAAAACUAGCCGUUAUGGCACUAUUGACUGAACAUCAAUUGAAUAGCAUAUCAAGAUUAUCUCAUACACCUCAUCAUAUUGAAGAAGAACAAAUAUGUCUCCCUGAUUUAUCCUAUUCUGACUUAAACGAUAUUCAAAAAGCUAAACUAGUUAUACUUAUUAAACAAUAUCCACAAGUCUUCACCGAGAAACUUGGUCGGACUCAUCUUGUUAAACACGUAAUCGAACUUCAACCAGGAACACAAUCCGCAAACACUCAACCAUAUCGUCUCCCCCAUCUAAAAAAGCUAUAG